GGGCAGCCAAUUACAUUUAACAAUUAAUUAAGAUCUCUAGCUUCCAAGAUUACGUUAGUAACUAACGUAAUCUUGGAAGCUAGAGAUAACUGUUAUCGAUACACUGUUUUCCUCUGACCAUAAAAAUCUACUUUUUCUUAUUAAAACCAGUUAUUUCAAUAAUUUCAAAGUAUACAAAAUCUGCGACACUAAUCAAGAUUCUCACUUUCUGGGACUAUCCGUUUUUUAAAUUUAAUUUGGACUUAGAAUAUUGUUUCAAGUUAAAUGGAAUUUAAAAUAUAUUAAACUGAACUUUGUUUUGGCGAAUCUAUUAAUUUAAGUUUAUUUGUUUAUUAAAUAAUAAUUAACGCGUAGUGUGAAACGUUUACGCAGUGAAUUUAAUAAACGGAAUCAACGUUGAAUUGUUUAAAAUAUUGUUACGUGUCAUAAGAUAUAAGAUACAUGUUUCUACAAAAUUAUAUUGUUUUAUUAGGAAUAUUUAUUACAAGAGGAUUUCAACAAAUAAUAAUUCUUAAAAAAGGAUCGUGUAAUUGGUACACACAUUAUGAAAAUGAGCGAAGCCAGAGAUAAUCAUAGAAGGACAUUGCAAAUUAUUCGCGCAGAAUGCGUUGUAUAUAAGCAGAGUAUUUUUGAUCUUAAUAACCAAAUGGUAGCAGACCAAAAACUUUAUGAUGAAGCUGAAGCAGCUUACAAUAAAAGAGUGUUUGAGCUUGAGAGUUGUGAAGCUGAAGUUAGGGGAAAAUUGGCACAAGUUUUACGUGAUCGUUCUGAAUCAGAAAAACAGUUGCAGCUUGUAAGAGAUAAAAUUGACGGAGAUCUGCAAGCUAAGCGUACUGCAGGUACAGUUUUGGCUCACCAGCUUGAUGCUCAAUGGAGACGGCUUCAAGAAAAAUAUCGUGAAUUCCUAGCAGAUAUUUUUUUAUUAGAUAAACAAGAACAGCUUACCACACAAACAUAUGAGCAAUCUAACACUCAACAAACACCUAUACAAAAGAGACGUUUCCAUGCAGUAGCUGACCGGUAUAGGCGUGUAUCUCUAAGAUCUUCAAAAUCAUUGAGAUCAUUGGUAGCAGUUGGUAAUUUGCUACGAGAGAAGCAAUUAAGGCAAAGACAAUCAUCAGGUGAAGAUCCAUUAUUGAUUGCAAUUGAAAAGGGUAAAGAUGGAUCUGCAGCCGUAAAUCAAGUAUGGAAUGUAUUAGAUGGCGUUCAACGCCAAUGCACUCGAAUAGCAGAACGAGUACGUUGGCAAAGUAGCUCAGAGAAUACAAACUUACAUUUAUCCAAGUUUAAAAGCGUAAAAGAACAACCAGAAGAUAUUUCUGAGUCCACCAUUGUAAAAUUAGAAAAUACUCGUAAUGCAGUUGAAGCGGGAAAAAGUUAUAUAGACAAUUUACGGCACACUGCUACAGUCAGCCGACGGUUGUUGGAAUGCGAAAGUAUUGAAGAAAAAGAGCUUAGACAAAUUCUCUUUUCAACAUGCAAACGCUGCGGUUGUUCUCCAUCAUCUUCAUCGUCAGUAACUUUUCUUAAAGAUAUGAUUGCUAGAUUAGAAGUAGCAUGUUUUUCCUUGUUCGCCCAACUCGAUGAAGUAGGAAGUAAUGAUAAUGGCAUGGUGGUAGAAACAUGUCUGAGUAAAGUGCAGCGGCAACGAAAAAAAGAAGAAAAAUAUAAGGCUGACAGUAUCAAAAGAUUAGAUAACUUUCGAAAGGCAGCCAGUCGAUUAAUGGUAGUAUUAGAACCUCGUGUAAAGUUUAAAGGUGUUCACUCUCAGCAGAUUUCAUCAAAAUAUUUUCACAAAAAUAGAGUUAAACCUCAGAAAAUAACGACAGUGACAAACAAAACUACAAAAACUUUUAAUAAUAAUGUAGAGAAGGAAUUCAAUAUUAUAACACCGGUCAAAUCUCUCUGUCCUCCAAGAUCACUAUCUAAACCUUCUCAUCAUAAUAAAAAAUAAGGAAUUCAGAUAAAAUCGAUAUCUUUUUGAUUUGCUGAUUUUAGUUAACAAAAAUUAUAUAAAAAAAUAGAGAAUUCUUAUUGAGAUAAUUUAUUUCCACUUAAUUAUAGCAACAAAUUAUUUUUCAUUCAGAUGUGAUAAAAUAACAAAAAUAAAAUUUAAACAAAUGGCACAUAAUUUUUAUAAAAUCAUGAUCAAGUGCUAGGAUUGUUACCGUCAAACAAUUAAUACUUUGGAAAAAAAUCGAAAAUCUCAACUCAAAAUCCAUUAAACUAUGUUAUAAAAAUUAUUUUAAAUUUAUGAAAAUGGGGGCCUAUGGUAACUACAUUUUUUUCAGUUGCAAAAAUACAAUUUUAUUUUUAUUUUCUUUAAUUAAGUAUCAAAUAAUAGUUUACGAGAAAAAUUAUAAUUACCUUGUUUAUACAUUAUACGGAUUUCUUUAUUUUAUAUUUUGUAAUAUUUCCUGUAAAAUUAUCAGACAAUGAAAUAAAUAAAAAAAUAUAUAAAAUUAUUUUCAUUUAUCAAAUUUAAAAACCUAAUGCGGCAGGAGAAAUGGUCGAAUUAGAAAUUUCAGAAAUACAAGGAAUUAUUAUUAUUAUUUAUAUGAACCUUAAAAAAAUUGAGGGUAUACAAUUGAAUUUUUGAAGCAAUUGUUUUUUUAACCACCUUAAAGUUAGGUAUUUUCUUCUUUUUUUUAUUAUCUAUUGUAAUUUUUGCUACAAUUAAAAUUUACAAUCUUGUUGUAGUAUCAUCACAUUCAAGGAGACAUUGGGUCCACAUGUUCCGGACUGCAAGUUUAAGAGUGGUAUAGGAGAAUAUACUAAUCUUAAUAUUAAUGUUAGAACAUGUAAAUUUCGUGCAUUUUUUUUUCACAAUAUUAUUUUAGUGCGACGACAGUAUUUGGUAAACGUCGGCAUUACUCAAAAGUGUAUUUUUAUCUAUUAUAUCUUUACCAAAUGAGCCACUUAUCAGCAAUAUUAGGUUUAGUUUUAAUAAAGUUUACAUAUCAUUCUACCAAAAAAGCAAUGUUCUUUUUC